CGAUAGUCUAGAAACAAUGAACAGCUUGGGUGUUGUUAGUGAAAGCCAAGGAAUGCUACUGCCUUCUUACAGUACCACACUUGACUAUAUCCAGAAGCAAUCACAGCAACAGGAUCCACAGUCCGAGCUUACUUCCGCCAGCACACCACCAGUGAGUUACUUUCAGCAGUUCUUCUAUCCCGCCGACGGAGAUCCACUACCGUCGCGAACUGUUCGUCCGAGGGAGUUUCCAAGUCCCCUGGACCUUUCGCUGCGUCCGACGAAUGUGCCCAUGACGCCUCCUUCGACACCAUCUCCGCCGAGAAAACGUUUAAAGUCGUUCGACGAAUCAACGGCCGUGAUUCCCACCGUAGUGCCCGAAACAACAAAUAGCUGGCGAAGCGCUAGGAAUCAGUUCUCAGACACAGUGUGCAUCGAUGAUAAGCGUUAUUAUGCCAACACUACGCUGAGUGAGCGUGAGCAUCGUACGGAAGUGUUUCAGUAUUUCGAUGAUAGUGCAAGGUCGGUUCCGUUCAAGUAUCCUUCCGUCGAUGGCGGUAGGUCUGACACCAAUGCGGACACGCCAUUCUCGAAAGAUGGUGUAGAUCGUUCACGUGCCAAAGGAGAUGAAUUUAUUGAUAUUACUGGUGGCACCGAACAUCAGGCGAAAGAUCACUUGGACGAUCACGAUGAACGAUCGACGAGAGAUAAAUCGGAUUGUUCCAAUAUUGACGUAGAGUCCCUAGAUAAUGAUGAGGACGAUAGUAAAGAAUCGAUCAACAUAAUAGACAGUGAGGAAAAGGAAAACGAAGGUGCCGCUGUGUUAAACGAGGGUCAGCGUUACUUUGCCGACGAGCGACUGCACCUGCAGGCUAUUGAAGGAUUUGCACGCCUAUUCGAACGUAGCUUUCCGUCAACUAGCAACAAGAAAUCGCAAUCCUCUACAGGUAGUGGUUCGGGUCCACGCAGCUCAGCGUCCAAGAGCGAACGGCGUCGCACGAAGGCACGACGGCAAGGUGCUGUAGACGAGGACAACACAAGUCCUGUGUCCGGUACGAUCAUCCGCAAGCUGCAGGAUGGUGAGGAGCUUGUCGUACGGAAGGGUGACAUCGAUCCAGCCUUCAAUGUGGUCGAGAUUACGGAUGAAGCGAAGGAGAUCCUGUCAAAGAUUGACAACAAGAUCGGUUCAUACCUGUGUCAGUUGUGUCGUGCGCUUUAUGACGAUGCGUUCGGCUUGGCACAGCAUCGCUGUUCGCGCAUCGUUCACAUCGAAUAUCGGUGUUCCGAGUGUGACAAAGUGUUCAAUUGUCCAGCUAACCUGGCUUCGCAUAAGCGCUGGCACAAACCGCGAGGAAUGUCUGGCGAAGGAAGGAAAGGAGGUGCGAAGGCUGCUGCCGUGCGGCAGUCAGAGCGAAGCGGAGAGGAUGAACCGAUUGAAAUACUGGACAACUCGAACGAUAACCACCAGCCGGUUACGGUGCUACCAACCGCAUCGACAAUCGAGGAGGAAUCUUAUCCCUGCGGCCAGUGUGGAAAAUCAUUCCGCAGACAAAGCUACCUAAAGAAGCAUGCCGCUUCGCACCAGAUGGAACCAUCACUCCUGCGCAACAUGGAUGUACGACCUGUUACCUUCAACUCCGACACGUUCAGUACACCCACUUCCUGCAGUUCGUCAGGUUCGACUGCUCUGGGUGCAGCAUUUCCCACUAGCCAUCACUUGUUAUCUAACUCCGGACCGCCGGCUGGUUGUUUUGCGGCAGCUUUCGACAAGUUGACGCGUCCUUUAGUGGCGCCGACUUCUGCCACAGCUCUAUUCCCCUUUGCCGCCUGUUACGGUAGUAUGGCCUCUUUGGCAGUCGGGGGUGGAGGUGGUGCUGGAGUCGGUGGUAAUGUAGCUCCGAAUGUAGCGCACUAUAAUGAGCUUGAAAAACGUCGCUGGCAGUCUCUUGGUGAGCUGUAUCUUCAGCAACGGGAGCGUCUGUCCGCGUUUCAGUACGUUAGGCAGCAUCAGUACGAGGAUUACUUGAAAUGCUUUCAACCUUUUCAGUUUGCGCGUGAUAAAACCUGACCCAACAUUCUGCGGCCAGUACCACGGCUGGCCGCAGCUCCUCUCUGGCCAACAGCACACCCAACUGCA